GGCCGUCCACCGGCAACUGUUGAAAUUUCGGAGCUCCGGAAAUCAUCGGAUCAAGUGACUCGUUCGUGUGUUAGAUGGAUAUGGAUGGAUAGAUAUAGAUAGAGGACUGAACUGAUUAAGACCCCUCCGCUCAUCACAUCAGCCAGACCAGCUGCAUCGAUUCAGCAGCAGCUUAAAGUGAUACCCCCGCGACCUCGCGUCCACCGUUCCCGGCUGAGGCAGGCUCCACCCAAGCAAGACUGACUCCUCAUCAAUCAACUCACCCUCACAACCAUGAGUACUCUCCCACAAGGCGUUCACCUCGUUCUAGCCCCGCCAAAGGGCACAGAGAAGAUCCUGAGCAAUGAGGCACUCGAAUUCCUAGCGACCGUUCACCGAACCUUUGACUCCAGACGCAAGGAGCUUUUGGAAAAUAGGAGAAAGGUUCAGGCGGAUCUCGACAAGGGCAAGACACUCAAGUUCUUAUCGGAAACGGAGGCCAUCCGCAAGUCACCUGCAUGGGCUUGCGCACCUCCUGGACCAGGGCUCGAAGAUAGACGAGUGGAGAUCACCGGCCCGACUGACCGCAAGAUGGUCAUUAAUGCUCUCAACUCGGGUGCAAAGACAUUCAUGGCGGAUUUUGAGGACUCAAACUCACCCACUUGGUCCAACAUGGUCCAUGGCCAGUUGAAUCUGCACGAUGCCAUUCGACACCAGAUCGAUUUUGAGACCAAUGGCAAGCAAUACAAGCUCGUCGAAAAGCCCGCUGUGCUUCUCGUCAGACCUCGUGGAUGGCACCUUGAUGAACCUAGAAUUCUCGUCGAUGGCUCACCCGUCUCCGGAUCUCUUUUCGACUUUUCCAUCUACUUCUUUAACAAUGCCGCAGAGCUGAUCAAACGAGGAUACGGACCAUACUUUUAUCUUCCAAAAAUGGAACAUCAUCUCGAAGCUAGACUAUGGAACGACGUGUUCUGCCUCGCCACGUCAAAGCUUGGUCUACCCCAAGGCUGUAUCAGAGCUACGGUCCUUAUCGAGACCUUGCCAGCCGCUUUUCAGAUGGAGGAAAUAUUGUACGAACUCAAAGAGCAUUCGGCAGGCCUCAACUGUGGUCGAUGGGACUAUAUCUUCAGCUUUAUUAAGAAACAGAGAGCACAGAAGAGCUGUGUAUUCCCCGAUCGCUCAGACGUCACCAUGACGGUCCCGUUCAUGGAUGCAUAUGUUCGGCUGCUCAUUCAAACUUGUCACAAGCGCAAAGUCGCCGCUAUGGGUGGUAUGUCUGCCCAAAUCCCUAUCAAGAAUGACACCAAUGCGAACGAUCGAGCCAUGGCGAAAGUCAGGGCGGACAAACUUCGAGAAGUCAAAGCCGGACAUGAUGGAACUUGGGUUGCUCAUCCGGCUCUCAUCAAGAUUGCAAUGGACGUUUUUGACGAGCACAUGAAAGGCCCAAAUCAGUACCAUAUACGCCGGGAAGAUGUCUCUGUGACGGAUAAGCAGAUUGCAGAUCCCAAAGUUCCCGGCAAAAUCACAGACCCGGGAGUACGAGAUAACGUGUCGGCCGCCUUGUCAUAUUGUGCCGCUUGGAUCUCUGGCAACGGUUGCGUACCAAUCAACCAUCUGAUGGAAGACGCCGCCACGGCGGAAAUUGCCCGUGUUCAGCUUUGGCAAUGGUGCAAGUACGGUUCCAAGACGGACUCUGGUAAAUCCAUUACGCCAUCUUCACUCCAACCCAUCUUCUCUGAAGAAUCUGCCAAAGUCUCUUCUCUUCCAGGGAUCGAUGCCAACCAUGUCAAGAUCGCAAGUGAAUACAUGCUCAAUCAGGUCAAAGCGACUUGGCCAAGUGACUUUCUCACGUCGGACUUGAUGGUUCAUCUCGAAGGAGUGGGAACUGUCGGCGGAGGCGGAUCCUCUCCCUCCAAAGCGAACCUGUGAAGGAAGCCCUGCAAAGGCUAUAUGAUAGUUAGAUUCGUCGUGAAGUUUGUAGCAUUCCAUGUACUUGUUGUAUCAGAGCCUUGGCUUCACACACCCUGAUCGAAAUGCAUCCAGUCUCAUGUUCG